GGCGGAUCCGGAAGCACCGCGCGAAACUCCUGCCUGGGCAGGGGGCGGCGGUUGCGGGACCCGCAUGGCGGCGGCGCGGAGGCGCGUGUUUGUUGGAAAAGUGCUGGAGAAACUGUUUCCUCGUGUUCCCCAUGGCCAAGAAAAGAGGACAGCAUUGGCUCCAGCUCCCAAAAGCUCCCCCGAGAAAGCGACACCUGAGAAAGCAAAGUGUGGCCACAUCCCCCCAUUGACAGGCGAAUCUGCUCGGACAAAGCACGCGAGCACCCGUCGGUCAGAUCAGCGUGCAGUAUUGGCCAGCCCGCUAUUCCCCGUUUCUCCUGCAGGCGGCGACACUGACGUCCAGCCUGGAAGGCGGCUCUACACUGUGAGUUUGCCCCCGGAGGGGUACGUUCCUGGUCCCCCGGAGCCACACAGUUGCACGAGUGCUGAGAACUCCUCCAGCAGUGAUGACAUGGAAGAUCAGGACUCUCAUGAUCAACCAAAGAGAAGAAGAAUUAGAAAACCUAAAUCAAGGAAAAAAUUAAAAAUCCCCAAUAAUGUUCCUGUGGAACGAGCAGAAUUGGAGAAACAACAGAGUCUCUUACAAGAAAAACUGGAGCCUCGGCACACAGGUGGCCCCACAAUAAGCAAAAAUAAAAAAAGGAAACUGAAGAAGAAACAGCAAAUCAAAAGGAAGAAAGCAGCUGGCUUACCAACGAGAGCCUCUGGUGUCAGCUUCACGUACCAGCCGGAGGAUAGCAGCAGUGAGCAAGGGGACGCGAGGGAGAGUGAUGGAGAGGACGUCGCGGCCGCCGAGGGGGGCGCCGAGGAGCCAGAUGUCGCGGGCGCCGAGGGGGACGCCGAGAAGGAAGGUGGUCAAGGCGCCAAUGAAGAGGCAGAUGGUAUCCUAGAUUUUCUGAAGUCAACACAAGAAAUUUAUUUUUAUGAUGGUGCCGCCAAGGACUCUGACCCGGUGUCCGUGGACAGCACCGCGGAGCUGCUCCGAUGCCUGCAAGCCGGCCGCGUGGCGCCCUCGGACCUGCUCGCGCUGGGCCGCCUGAAGGCGCUGCUGCUGCUGCGGGACACGGAAGGCCUGAGGGAAGCCCUGGACGCGCUCCCCGGGCGCUGCGCCCUGCCGCCCGGUACGUGGCCGCCUGCGCGGCUUCCCUCCCCGCGGGUGGCACGUGCGGGCCCCGAGCACCUGCGCGGCGCUGACAGACCAUGUCAGAGUGAUCUCAGCUUUCUUUAAGUACUGGAUCACACAUAUCCUUCCUGAGAAUAGUGAAUAAAAUAAGUACAUCUACUUACUUAAGAAGAGCUAAUAAUCAACAAGAAAAUAUAGAAGACAAAUGUGAAAUGGACAGAGACUUAAUUCCUUUCUUCAAAGAAGAUGAAAUUCCCUAUAAUUUUGUGACCCAAACCCUGGGAACUGUGAAGACGUUUCUGCCACAUUAUUUAUUGAUGUAUUUAUAAUACUGGGAAGAUGUCAUCUGAAACUUUACAUGAGAAAUUGUAAUAAAAUUAAAUAGAACUAAUAAGAGUUCUUUAUAUAUUUUGGAUGUGUAUCCUGUAUCUGAUACAUAAUUUUCACUUUUUAAAAAUUGCAUAUGUCUUGAAUUACUACCCAAUAAUUCUCUUUUUGUAAUUCUUAUAAAAGUUGAAAGUGGACAUUCUGUUAAAUUGAAUGAACUGUAUAGUUUGAAGCUGUUACAUAUUUUUAUAAAGUUUUAAAACAUGUUGUAUCUGAAAGUCUUUGUUUUCAGAAUGCUUUAUGGGUGAUAAAAUGCCAUGGUGUCAGUAGUUUGAUUCUGGUUGAGUUUAUUAUUUUCCUCUUUCCUGCUUCGAGAAUGACACCAAGAACGCUCCCUCUUUUGUCGUGGAGGUGGUCACCGAGUUCUGAAAACCCAUCAGUCGGUACUCUUAGGAGGGCACUGCCCGACCUGUGCAGGUGUUCUUUACUGUGAAGUACACAGACCGUGACACUGACCGUCUUAACCACUCCUGAGCACACAGCUCACUGGCUUGAAGUACAUUCACGUUGUGCAAACAUCACGGCCGUCGUUCCUCAGAAAGCCGAGGAGCCUGCCUCCGUGUGCAUGCACCAGAUUUUGUGUUGAUCCGUCAUCCCUCAGUGGGCACUUGGCCUGUUUUCCUGAUCCUCCUGCUGUGAAUAACGCUGUCAUGAACAUCAUGUACAAAACUGUGUGGACGUAUGUUUUCAUUUAUCUUGGGGGUAGAAUUGCUGGGUCUCAUGGUGACUAUGUUUAACCUUUUGGGGAACGGCCAGACUGUUGUCCCCAGUAGCCGCACCAUCUCACGUCCCCACCGGCAGCGCAUGAGGGUGCCAGGCUGUCUGCAUCCUCCCAAGCCUUGUAUUUUCCGUUUUCUUGAUAGUAGCCGUCCAGUGAGUGUGAAGUGGCAUCUCCUGCUGUUUUGGUGGCAUCUUCCUAUGGUGAAUGAUGUCGGACAUGCUUUCAUGUGUUUCCGGGCCAUUCUCUUCUCUGGAGAAAUGCCUGUUGGAGUCAUUGCCCACCUGUGAAUUGGGUUAUUUGGUUUAUGUUGGUGACUAAUAAGAGUUCUUUAUAUAUUUUGGAUGUGGAUCCUGUAUCUAAUAUAUAAA